ACCCAUCCAGAGGGGCGUGUGCACGGCCAAACGCGUGCAUGAGCGCAGCCUAUUCUCUAAAUAACCUGUUGAUCCAGUCAGGCUGACACUCAGUCUCUGCAGGCAGCAGCAGGCUCUGGCUCUUCUUCCUCCUUCUGCUGGCUUUCAUCUGAGUCACUAACCACCCAGAGAGAUCCAAGGAAAAAACCUGCCGGAAGGGAAAGAAGAGUGGAAAGAAGGCAGCACAGUGGCAGGAGAAUGGACUGAAGGUCUGCGUCUUAAAUGAGUGCAGCUGAAAGGAAACCAUGUGUUCGAUACUCACCUGGACCUGCUUCCUGCUGUGGAUCGGCUUCUCCCUGCAGGACAAAACCCCAGACGUCACCGUGACCUGCUUCGUCUCCGAGGAGUGUUUCCUUCCCUGUAGCUUCCAGCCGGGCGGCGAGGAAACCGUCGAGUGGUUCCGGCAGGACGUGGUCGUCUACAAGUUUGAGCGGAGCGACGAUGACGACGACAGCGACAGCAGCAGCAGCAAAGAGCACGUCGAGCACGAUCAGCUCGCCGGACGGGCCUCCGUCUCCCCGCACCUGGUAACCCGCGGCAACGCCACUCUCGUCCUCAGGAGGAGCAGCCUGAAGGACCGAGGCACCUACAGGUGUCACGUUCAUACCAAGAGGGGCGAGCACACCGCCAAGGUCAUCCUCAAGGUGGAAGCGCCGAUCCAAGGCCUGUUCCUGGAGCUGUCCAGGCUCAGCGGCUACGAGGAGAUGAAGUGCACCGUCCGGGACGUCUUCCCGGCACCUCGGGUAACCUGGGCGACCGAGCCGCCCACCUUCGAGGACCUCCGUCCCGUCACACGGAUGCAGGCCGACAAGAAGGGCCUGUACACAGUGGACAGCCGCCUCAAGAAGCUCACCGGGCAGCCGGACCUCAUCUACAUCUGCAAGGUCACCACUUCGUACGGAGGGCCGGCCUGGACGGCUUCACUCAGGGAGAGAGAGAUUCGAGGCAGUCAGGGCCGGGACCUGACCAUCCCCUGCAGCGCUCCGACGUACCUCAGCAACCCGUCGCUACGCUGGAGCUUCUCCAACGGCGAGGAUCCGUCCCCUAUCCUCAGCUACGACAGCCGGUCGGGCCACAGCGUCUCGUCACCGUCGUGGGACGACCACGUGGAGCUGGACGGCUUCAGGGUCCCGUUCGGAGACGGAUCCCUGCGGCUGAUGGACCCCAAACACUCGGAGCACAGCGGCAGCUACAUCUGCGAGUUCUCGAUGCCGCACAGCCUGCACACCGAACGCAGCCAAGUCACCAUCGCUGGAGGUGAGCGAAGCACAGCAGAGGAUCAAUCUCAUUGGUGGAUCGUCGCCGUGGUGGUCGUCGGGCUGGUUCUGGCUCUGGUCGGGAUGUUGGCCUACCUGAAGCUGAGAGGAAGAAGCUCGAAGCCCAGAAAUGAUCCAGACGAGAUCACAGAGCUGCAUUCGGUUAAAGAUGCAGCCGCUGACAGUAACCUGAAUGAAAGCAGCCCGUUUGCUGUCGGCGGCACCAACGGACAAUCAAACCUCCAGACUGGGACUCGGUUGACCUGAGAACCGACAGAAACAAUGACCUAAACUAACAACGCACUAACAAGGCAAACACGCACACGGCUACACACUGAAGAGGAACGGAGGGCUUCUUGGAAACAGGAAGUCUCUGAAAGGAUUUAUUAUUAAAGGAUCACAGCAUACACUUUAAAGUUACUAUUUUGGCACGGUUUUGAGUCUACGGCUACUUUCCAGACUGUACAUGCCGACGUUGAACAGACGAUGCGUUCAAGCAUCUCCACGAAGGGUUGCUGAGCCCUGAUAGAUGAGAUGUGAAGUUGAACCUUUAGGGAAAUGUUUGUUUUUGGAGAUCCCUAUAAGUGGCUUCUUCUGAUUCUGAAAACCUGCAGGAAUCUCACUAUUAUCUUGAAAGACUACCAAGAAGGUCAAGCUGAAGCACUUUCUGAUGGUCCAGGAGCUACUGUGGCAAUGUUUGCAGUGGAGCUUUAAGUCCUGCUCACUCCAGACAGCAGUUAAACUAAAUUAACGUCUGUGGCAUAGGUUUGGUUCCAGAUGGUGAAUUUAUGAUAUCUGACGAUUUUAUUCCAAAUCACAGACCACUUUGACUAAGAAAAGCUUCAUUGAAGAGAAAAUGAAGCACUAACUGGCGUAUAAAGACGUAUACAGACCAUUGUUCGUGUCUCUGCAGUAGACUGUUUUAUUCCUGCAACAGAAGGGUUUAGAUGAACCUGAAUCAAACAAUACAGCUAAUAAAUCAUAGUUUUACUGCAGGAUCUUGGAUUAGGGGUGAUGUGAUGUAAGUAUUUACACAAACACCCCUAUUAUUGAGUAACACAUCUGCAGCAGAGGAUGAAGUAGUUUCACGACUGCAGUUGUAGGACAGUUAUUUAUUAGCUCUAUUUGGGCCACAUUACACGACGACAACUAUACUCCAAAAGGGAAAUUAGCUCCUCUAGCCCACAGACAAUGGCAACAAAGACUGUUAAUAACUUAGCACAAUUUUGGGUGAAAUGUACGUUUAAAUCCAGAAAUACUUGGACAGUGAGUAGUUUACUUGGUUGGAAUAAAUCAUUAAAACCAUAAGUUGUCGGUUAAAAAGAUAAUACUAUAUGUGCUUGGACUGAAUGUAGUACACUGGGUGAAAUAAAAUUUUAAAACCAUAAGUAUUUGGACAGAAAGUAGGUUUUGGGUGGAAUAAACAUUAAAAACCAUAACUUCUUAGAAGUAUUUGGGUGUAAAAAAAAAAAAAAAAAACUUCAAAAGUACAAGUUUUUGAAAUAAAAUUGUAGUUCGAGUGGAACAAACUUUUAAAGCAAUAACUCAUUAGUUAGAAAAUACUACUUUGGUGGGGGAAAAAAAACUCUAAAACUAUACAUAGUUGGACAGAAUGUAGUAUAAUAAACCUUUAAGCCCAGAAUCUGAGGUUAGAAAGUACUGUCUGGGUGGAAUAAAUCUUUACAACCAUAACUUGUAGGUUAACAAGCACUAUUUGGAUCGAAUAAACAUUUAAUCCAAUAGGUACUUGGACAUAAAGUGGUAUUUUGAGUGGAAUAAACCUUUCAACCCAGAAUCUAUAGUUAGAAAGUACUAUUUAGGUGCAAUAAACCAUUAAAACUUUAUGUAUUUGGACAGCAAGUAGUAUUUUGGGACAAAUAAACAUUUAAACUCAGAAUUUGUCAGGUAUAAAGUACUAUUUAGGUGGGAUAAACCUAGUACUAGACAGAAAGUAGAAUUCUGGGUGAAACAAACCUUUAAACCUACAGGUGCAAAAGUAGUAUUUUUGGGUCAAUUAAACCAUUAAAACUAUAGGUACUUGAACAGAAAGUAGUUUCAUGGGUUGAAUAAAUCUUAAAAACCAUAAAUUGUUAGAAAUAUUUGGGUGUAAGAAACCUUUAAAAGUACAAGUUCUUGGAAAUAAAACAGUAUUUUGAGUGGAAUAAACCUUUAAAGCAAUACCUCAUUAGUUAGAAAAUACUACUUUGGUGGGGGAAAAAAACUCUAAAACUAUGAGUAGACAGAAUGUAGUAUAAUAAACCUUUAAGCCCCAGAAUCUGAGGUUAGAAAGUACUAUCUGGGUGGAAUAUAUGGACCCAUAAGUGCAAAAGUAGUACUUUUGGGUCAAAUAAACCAUUAAAACUCUAAGUACUUGACCAAAAAGUAGUUUUAUGGGUUGAAUAAACCUUUAAAACCAGAACCUGUUAGUUAGAAAGUACUAUCUGAGUGGAAUAAACCUUUCAACCCAUAACUUUUCAGGUAUAAAGUACUAUUUAGGUGGGACAAUCCUAUAAAAUGAUAAAUACUUGGACAGGAAGUAGCACUUUGGGGGAAAUAAACAUCUAAACCCAUAACCUGUCACUUAGAAAGUACUGUUUGGAUGCAAUAAACCAUUAAAACUAUACGUAUACUUGGACAGGAAGUAGUUUUGUGGUGGUAACAAACCUUUAAAACCACUUGAGCGAUCAUCCAGUUUGAUAAGUGUUGUGACAAACAAGAGUUGUAGAAGUUUGGUUGUCCGUCUCUGGUUCUGAAAAAUGGCCAUAAUCGACCCUUGUGGUUUCUGAGUUCUUCUAACCAACGACAAAUAGUAUUUACUGGAUAUAACUCUAGUUUUAAUGAUAUGUAAUAGAACAAUGAAGGUUUGUUGUGUAGCCAAUGUGGGGAAUUUUCCGCCAUUAAUGGUAAUGUUGGAAAAAACUACUACUAGACGAGGACAAAUACUCAUUAGUAGUUUUUCAGAAGUACCUGCAUUGAAGUAGGUCCUUUAUUUCCAUCAAAAACAGCCUUCAAAGAGAUUCUACAGAGGAGGAUCCUUCAGCUUCCUCUAUUUUGGACAUUCUGUCCUCUUGAAGCUGAGUCAAAGUGCCUUACAGUUAAUCAACAGAGCUGAACCCGACAAGAAAAACUGCACUAAUUUACUUCAACAUCGAGAUCCAAUCCACUGAUCAAAACGGUUCCACUGAAAUAUACUGAGUUUGCAGCAUAACUCCACCUUUUUAAAUGUUCGUAUGACAUGCACGUUAUUCGAACACUGAGCAAACACCGGUUGCCACGACGACAAGAGGUGGACAUUGUAUUGUUUGAUUAUGUUGACAAAAUGAUGGUGUUGGCUGUUAGAGUUCUUCAAAGCAGAGAUGUGAUAAAGGGACUUAAUGUAGUACCUGAUUUAGCAUUAUUUCCUCAAAAAGGUCACUGGAAGACUGAGAUUUGUGCCACUAUAAUGAAACAAAACUUCCUAAAUAUCAAAUGAAAAUAAGAAUUUAAGAUAUAAAAUGUAACAUCAAACUAAAACUAUAACUUUCAUACAAAUUAUUGGGCUUUUUUGAUUGCUUUUACCCUCACUGUCGGUUUGGACUGAACCAUAUAUGGAUUUCAAAAUGCAAUUUGUAAAAAUGGAAUUCACAAAUCACGAAGGUCGCGAGAUUUACAGUGUCAUGCAACGGUUUGACAAACUCUUGCUACCAUGUUGUUGAAAUGAAAUUUGACUAUAAAAAUUUAAAUCAUGAAUUAAAAUGCGGUAUCUGUCAGAAAAAUCUGUCAGAUAUUUUCCAUAUAUCAAUUACCCCUUCUGUUAGCUUUGUGCUAACUCUUUUGUUUUAUUUUCCAGGGUGUGUUUCUACUUGCUAAUGAGUUUUUGAGUGUCUGCCUGUUCGCUUUUCUCCUGCUGCCUGUGCUCAAAUUUUAUGAUAACGCAGCCAAAUUUCCCCAAAAAAUUCCACAUUUACAUAUUUUACUGUGUCUGUUGUCAGACAGUGGAACAAGUGUGACAUAGUGACUGAAAUGCAGCCCGUUAACGCGACAUAUUGGCCGGCGGUCGCUUCCAAGCUGCUCCUCUGCGUCGCUAAAACCCUGAAAUCACCAUAAACAUGAGCUAAAAGCAGCUGUACUGGGAAUUUGGUGUUAAUUAAAUCUGAAAUUAUCACUCAGAUAGAAAGUUAGAUGCAGCAGGGCGUCUUUAUUGUUCUAGAAUAUUAGCCAACUAGCAAAAUUCGCCAAUGUGGAUUGAAAAGUCAGGCAGCGACAAGCCCACAGUGAAGGUAAAAAGAAGCAGAGUGAACUGUGAAAAAAAACACAUUAUCUAAGUUUAAAUAUUUUUUCCCUCAGUCAAAUUAGUAUUCUGGUUUAUUUUGGCACAAAUCUGAUUCCCGACCAGAAAAGCUUUUGAAAAAAAACAACAACAAAUAGCUGCAUCAGAAAUCCUACAGACUCAAUGUUUAUGAGUCUGGUUUUUAGUAAAAGACAGUUUGUGUCAUUAUUUAUGAUGUGUUAAACAGGUGAGGAUGUGUUUUCUCUUGAGGUUGGAGUCUAUGAGACUGUUCAAAUUCAAAGACUAACCUCAUGUUCUGCCUCUAGCCUGAACUUAAAGAAGAGUUCUGGCUUCCAUUUCCUGGGUCAUAAAGGUUAACGAGACAGUAAAUUAGCAAAAAUCAGCUUUACUGUUUAACCUGCUGUCAUUGUGCCUCGCUUGGUGCCACGUUUCAUGAAUUAUACUUGACUUCUUUCGCAAAUGUGUCAUAAAUAUUGUUAUUAAAAAGACUAAUCGCUGA